CAUCCGCGGAGACAAGUGUCAUAUACCUUGAUGGACUAGAUCCAUAUCGCUACGUAGAGUAAAAAAAAAGACAUCCACCGAGGGAAGGGUGUCUGGCUAUGUUUUACAUCAGUAGGUAUGCCUGUGUGUUUAUGUAAUGAGGCGCUCAGUCAUCUGAGCGUAGACUACACUUAGCGCCCGCACUGGGCCCAGUGAGACACGGCGAAACGUAACCGUGUCCACAGACUGUGUGCACCGGGCGGUUUAAUAGUGCUAUCGUACCCCGACAGCACUUCGGACUGGAGAAAAUAGCAGCGACGCACUUUCUGGCGUGGGUCACUCAACGCUAUACCUGCAAUCUUCACACGACUCACCUGCUCGGAAAGUACAAUUUGUGGCGUGGCGUGUUGUCAUUUUAAGGAUCGUCGUAUAUCUUUAGAUUUUGCAAUACGAUGAGCAGACGGGUUGCUGUAUCAUUGAUAAACCCGUACGUAUCUUAUUAGAUUUACAGAUUGUUUGACUUAUAGCGAUAUUUCAAAUGUAGACCAUAACGAUAGACGUGCGAUGCCCUGCGUACACCGGACUGUCACUAAAUGGUACAGUAUUUCAAAUCUAAAGGGAUAGGGUCCGAAUAAUGGUGGCUCAGCAAAUGUUGAACAACGGCACCAACGGAUGGGUCAACGGACCGAUCUCUUGCGACGGCUGGCAGCAAGCCCAGCACGCUGUCUACCAACUCGGCUGCUUCAUCAUCGUCAACGGGUUCCUGGUGCCGCCCACGGUGGGCAUCUACCAGGCCCUCUGGCUCCGCGUCUGCCUGGUGCUGGGCCUCUUCUGCCACGUGCUGUGGGCCGGGCCCGCGCUCUGCUGGCCCGACGGCCUGGCCUGGCAGCUGGCUGCCUUUCUCGCCAACGUGGCCCACCUCGUCUACCUAACCUACCUGACCUACCCUGUGACCUUCGACGAAGACGUCCAGAAGGUCUACGAGGCCCUCUUCAAGCCCUUCAACGUCUCCCGACAACAGUUCCGCGUCAUGCUGGAGAGUGGCGGCGACAUUUACGAGCUGGACCGGACGGGACACUACGCCACAGAGGGCCGUACCAGAACAGAUAGGGUUCUGUCACUGCUGAUAUCAGGAAGGAUGCGAGUUACGGCCCGAGGUAAAUUUCUACAUCACAUCUACCCAACGCAGUUCCUGGACUCGCUGGAAUGGCAGGGCUGUCGGUCCAAUUGCGGACCGUCCACUUUCCAGGUGACGGUGACCGCUGACAUGGACUGUCGUUACAUACAGUGGCAGAAGAAAGCUCUGGACAAGUUUCUGCGGAAAGAAGGCUUUAUGCGGGCUGUCUUUGAGACCACUGUGGGUAAAGACAUCACCACCAAACUCUACUCCAUCAACGAAGAGCCAGAGAGCCCGUCCGCGCCCAAGACCCCGAGGGUCGCCAGGACGAGCAUCCGCACCGCAGAACAGCGCCUGAGCGUGCCGGAGAUUGCCGAGAUAUGCCUACCAGACGACGAAGAGGAGGACCGUGGCCUGCUCUCCCACAAAUGGGAACGGGCGAUGUCGUUGGACGAGGAAUCGGCCGGUAGUUUUGGGAUGGUUGGCGUUGGUGGUGGUGCGGCAGCACUUCGGCACGCCCCUGGAGGGACGAGCCAGCUGACCGUGCCCGGAUCCGGGAGCAUGGUCAGCCUGCACUCGGCGCGUUCCAUGGUGGACAUCCGGGCCAGCAUCGCGUCUGGGAGGGGGGCCGACGUCACCGGCCGGUCCAGCCUCACGCCUGGCUCGGCCGGCGACAGGUCGUCCCGGGUCAACAGUCUGACGUCACACACCAGCGAGCCAAUGCUAACGGACUCCGGCUCAAAGAGGAGCAGCUUCCAGUCCGAUCACGGCCCUUUCCCGGCACCAGACCGAGGGGAAACACACUACGUCUCAUCCGUUUAACACGAACAACCCGCUCCUAGCGACUGAAGCCCGUAGUGCCACGUAAGACGAAAGCGGCACCGUCAGAGCAACAAAGAAGUAUGCACCUGUAGAAUUUCGUAUUUACCGCCUCCAGGCAUGGGACGAGCCCUGUGCACCUCUUGUAACAGGGCCUGAUGCACAACAGAAUAUCACUGGUAUCACGCAGGGUAAACUUACUUUUCUAACUGCAACUAAAACUUCUUCAGUAACAGGCGCCAUUCCCGGGAUCAGAAGAAAUAAGGUCAAUUUCAACACAUUCAAACCACCGGUAGGGAAAUUUUAGGAAAGGAAGUGACAACAGUAAAGACUAAGUGGAAUAAGGAACUACCUUCUCUUAUGCAGUGGUCACUGUUGGGGGCAGACUUUGCCCCGCCCCCCUAAAAAAACCAAAGGUUGAUAUCGUGCCUCUCACCUGCGUGGAGCACUGCCAGAACUAAAACUGAACAGCUGAGGGCGCUCUGUGUACCGCUUAAUAAAAAUGUCGAGGGUGCUAAUUGCUUUGUGUGUGUACUUAAAUGUAACAUGAGUACAUUCUGUGUCUUUAAUGAUUUUAUGUAUUAUUACUAUAUCAAGUAUGCAUUAUGGCACAGUUUAACCACAUGCACUGCCGUGUUAAAAAGAAUGAGGUUUGUUAGAACUGUUUAAUACACUUCUUGUAUUAGCCUGGCAAGUUAUUUCUCUCUACAUGAAUGUGUGGAGAGAGUUACAGUUGUUUUCGUUUUAAUAAUAGUCACUUAACCUAAUUCAAACACAUGUGGCCAAGGCAUAUUUCAUUAUCAUAAUGAAUACAUGUUGACAAGGAAUGCCUAAAGAUUCAUCCGUACAACAUUUGCCAUGCAUAAUAAUAAUGCACUGGUGAUAGAAGUAGGAGUGUCCCCCCCCUACUUUUCCAACUGGGGAGAGCAUGCCCCCUCCACUUUUGGCAGGUCCUAUAAUUGGGUGGGACGUAAUGGGUCCGUCUAUAAUUGGCUGUUGCUUGAUGUUUUCACAAGUUUUCACAGUUGAUGCUAUGUUACACUUUAUGUUACAAGAGUUUAACAUUGUUAACAAGAACAUGUACUCCAUUAAAUACUAAAGGUAUGUUUUGUAAUUUCAAAUGUA